AUGGAUUCUAUUUAUCUUCAUAAAAAAGCCUUUAUUGAAUCACAAAUACGUCUUCUUUCAAGACCUCUUGAUCCACCCCCUAAUUGGCGGGAAAAUGCUAAACUAGAUGAAGAUGGGAAUGAAUUGUCAGAAACUGCUGUUAUACAUGCAAUUUACUGCUUAAAUGUAUUAUUGCGUAAGCAAUAUCGUAUUAUUUUCAGUUCUCAAGCAAUUCGACAUGUUUCUGAGCAAAUUGAUCGAUUGUAUCACUCACCUCUUGAAAUUUCUUUAAUAGAACCAGUAGAAUGUGAUUUUCAAUCUCUUGAAAAUAUUGAAAGACUUCCGUCUGUUUGGCCAUCAGACGAUGAAAAAAGCAGUGAAAAAUAUACAAAUAUUCGUGCGCGAUUAAUUUCACUUACAGUAGCUUUGAGUCAUCUUCGACAAAAAUAUGCAUUUUACGAAUCAAUUGAAUCAUCAUUAAGACAGUUAAGACAACAAACAGAUCUAUCAUCUCGUCUUUCUGUUGAACUUGAACGGACAAAGAAAUUAACGGCAAAAAUCAGACAAAAACUUAAGAAAAGUAACAUUAAAGUAAAACCUCAAACACAAGAAACAGUGCCUGAAUCUUUUAUGGAGUUUUGCUCACGAAUAAAACCUGAUAUCAUAAAUUAA